AUGUCAUUUCAAUAUAAAAAGUUUCAAGAUGAAGAUGAAACUUCAACUUCAACAACCAUCAAUAGUCAUUCAAUUCUAAAUUCUUCAGACAAUGCUAUUGUCAAUGAAGAAGAGGGAGAGAGUGAUAACUUGCUUUUAGGCAACAAGAUGGGACACUCACACAACAUAGAUAUCAACGACGACAACGACAGUAGCAAUGGACCAAUGUCAAGUGAACUCAUCUACCGUCGACACACCAAACAAACCGAAGAUUUGAGAAAUAUCUUUGCAUCGACCAAGAAGAACGACGACGAAAUCAAAACCAUCAAAAACAAGCGUCAACGUAAAUUCUACGAGAGUCAAAACGAGUUGAUUGACCAGUUCCUCACACCACUCAAGGAAACGACCGGUGAUGAAGAGGAAGAGGAAGACCCACGUGUCAAGAUUGCUGUCGUUGGCAGUUUGUUGGUCAACAUUGUACUCUUUGCCAUGCAAAUCACCGCAGCCAUCAUCACUGGCUCGAUGGCACUCUUUGCCACAUCGAUCGACGCAUUUAUGGAUCUCUUGUCUGGCUUUAUUCUCUUUAUGACGGAACGUGCCAGAAAGAAAAGAAACUAUUUCGAAUAUCCAACGGGCAAGUCUCGUAUGGAACCAAUUGGUAUCAUUAUUUUUGCAUCGCUCAUGUCGACCGUCUCGGUCAACCUCAUUUGGGGAGGUGUCACCAAAUUGGCUAGACACGAUCCAAACGAAGAAGUUUCACUCUCUAUCAUGUCGAUUGUUUUUGUCGUCGUUGCCAUUGCCUGCAAGGUAUUGAUGUAUCUCUAUUGUCGUGUCUUGACAAAGAGUUCGUCUGCCCAAACACUUGCACUUGACCAUCGUAACGAUAUCACUGUCAAUAGUUUUGGUAUCACUAUGGCCAUGCUAGGUACCAAGUUUUGGUAUCUCGAUCCAUGUGGUGCCCUCAUCGUAGCCUUUAUCAUUCUCCGUUCCUGGACCUCACAAGCCUACGAGCAAAUCCAAUUGCUCGUCGGCAAGUCUGCCCCACCCGAGUUCCUCCAACGUCUUACCUAUAUCGCCAUGUCACAUUCACCAGAGGUCCUCAAAGUCGACACUUGUCGUGCCUUCCACGUUGGUAACAACUUUUUCGUCGAAGUUGAUAUUGUCCUCCCACCAGACAUGCCACUCCAAAAGAGUCACGAUAUCGGUGAAUCACUUCAAAUCAAAUUGGAAUCUUUAGAUGAAGUUGAACGUGCUUUUGUUCAUGUCGACUAUGAAUAUGAACAUCGUCCAGAACAUAAAAGAAUCUAA